GCGACACACAUCCGCCUGCAUGCACCAAUGGACAUUAGAGAGGAUAGAGAGGAGGAGACCGAUGCCACAGAAAUGCUAGGCCCUAUACUUCACUUUGCCACUUUAUGGUUAUUAAAGUUGAAGGCGGACAGCAGCAGUUUUGUUCAGCAGCAUGGCGGCGCCUUUAACUGACCUGGAGAAGCGUAAACAGAUCAGUAUCAGGGGAAUAGUCGGUGUCGAGAACGUCGCCGAGUUGAAGAAAGGUUUUAACCGACACCUCCACUUCACUUUGGUCAAAGACAGGAACAUAGCGACGCCGCGGGAUUAUUACUUCGCCCUCGCGCACACGGUUCGAGAUCACCUGGUGGGAAGAUGGAUCAGAACGCAACAGUUUUACUAUGAGACCGACCCCAAGCGGGUGUACUACCUCUCCCUGGAGUUCUACAUGGGCAGAACCCUCCAGAACACCAUGAUUAACCUGGGGCUGCAGAACGCCUGUGACGAGGCCAUCUACCAGCUGGGUUUGGACAUGGAGGAUCUGGAGGAGAUGGAGGAGGAUGCAGGGCUGGGGAACGGAGGCCUGGGCAGGCUGGCAGCUUGUUUCCUGGACUCGAUGGCCACCCUGGGUCUGGCAGCGUACGGUUACGGCAUCCGUUAUGAAUAUGGAAUCUUCAACCAGAAGAUCAAGGAAGGUUGGCAGGUGGAAGAGGCAGAUGAUUGGUUGCGUCAUGGUAACCCCUGGGAGAAGGCCCGCCCUGAGUACAUGCUACCUGUGCACUACUACGGCAGAGUGGAGGAGUCUAAGGAAGGGGCCAGAUGGGUGGAUACACAGGUGGUCCUGGCCAUGCCUUAUGACACGCCCAUCCCUGGGUAUAUGAACAACACAGUCAACACCAUGAGGCUGUGGUCAGCCAGAGCUCCCAACGAUUUCAACCUGAAGGACUUCAAUGUUGGAGAUUACAUCCAAGCUGUUCUGGACAGGAAUCUGGCGGAGAAUAUUUCUCGUGUCCUCUACCCCAACGAUAACUUCUUUGAGGGGAAGGAGCUACGCCUGAAGCAGGAGUACUUUGUGGUGGCGGCCACACUUCAGGACAUCAUCCGACGCUUCAAGAUAUCCAAGAAGGGCUCAAGCGGUCCAGUGUCUUUCGACAGCUUCCCAGAGAAGGUGGCCAUCCAGUUGAAUGACACUCAUCCUGCGAUGGCCAUCCCAGAGCUCAUGAGGGUCUUUGUGGACGUUGAGAAACUAGACUGGGACACGGCGUGGGCCAUCACCAAGCGGACCUUUGCGUACACCAAUCACACAGUUCUUCCCGAGGCUCUGGAGCGCUGGCCCGUUGGCCUGCUGGAGACCCUGCUACCCAGACACCUUCAGAUCAUCUACAGGAUCAAUCAGGGACACCUGGACGGGAUUAGAGCUCUCUUUCCAGGAGACCUGGAUAGGAUACGCAGGAUGUCUCUGAUCGAGGAAGACGGGGGCAAGAGGGUCAACAUGGCCCAUCUGUGCAUCGUGGGAUCUCACGCUGUCAACGGAGUCGCAGAGAUACACUCCAACAUCAUCAAGAAUGACGUGUUCCGAGACUUCAGCGAAUUAGAACCGGAUAAAUUCCAGAACAAGACCAAUGGCAUCACUCCUAGGCGCUGGCUCCUCCUCUGUAACCCGGGAUUGGCUGAGCUAAUCGCUGAGGCCAUUGGGGAGGAAUAUGUGAAAGACCUCAGUCAGUUACAGAAGCUCAAUGAGCUGGUCAAGGAUGAUGCCUUCAUUAGAGAUGUGUCUAAUGUCAAGCAGGACAACAAGGUGAAGUUUUCACAGUACCUGGAGAAAGAGUACAAGGUGAACAUCAACCUGUCCUCCAUGUUCGACGUCCACGUCAAGAGGAUUCACGAGUACAAGCGCCAGCUCCUCAACUGCCUUCACAUUAUCACCAUGUACAACCGCAUCAAGAAGAACCCAAAAGCACCUUUUGUUCCCCGGACUGUGAUCAUUGGUGGCAAGGCUGCCCCAGGGUAUCACAUGGCCAAGAAGAUCAUCAAGCUGAUCACGGCCGUCGGACAUGUGGUCAACAAAGACCCAGUGGUGGGAAGCAAACUGAAGGUCAUCUACCUGGAGAACUACAGAGUCUCCCUGGCUGAGAAAGUAAUCCCAGCCACGGACCUGUCUGAGCAGAUCUCCACAGCUGGCACGGAGGCGUCCGGCACUGGCAACAUGAAGUUCAUGCUGAACGGAGCACUCACCAUCGGCACUAUGGACGGAGCCAACGUAGAGAUGGCCGAGGAGGUUGGAGAGGAGAACAUGUUCAUCUUCGGCAUGAGGGUGGAGGACGUGGCAGAGAUGGACGUACAGGGCUACGAUGCCGUGACGUAUUACAACAACAUCCCAGAACUGAAGCAGGCCGUUGACCAGAUUCAGGGAGGAUUCUUCAGCCCUAAACAACCAGAGCUCUUCAAAGACAUCACCAACAUGCUCUUCAACCACGACCGCUUCAAGGUGUUUGCAGACUAUGAGGGUUACAUAAAGUGCCAGGAGAAAGUCAGCCAACUAUAUCAGAAUCCUAAGGAGUGGACGCAGAUGGCGAUCAAGAAUAUCGCUGCUUCCGGAAAGUUCUCUAGCGACCGCACCAUCACCGACUACGCCACGGAGGUGUGGGGGGUGGAGCCUACUGAUCUGAAGAUCCCACCCCCCAACGAGCCCCGCAAGGCCUUGGAGGAGACCGCCAGGGUGCUGACGGAGAAGUGAGGCUGCCUGGUGUGGUGUAGGGUGACAUUGACAUCUAGGGAAACGUCACCCAGAAGCGCCUCGUGUUCUUUUUAAAGGGACAAUCUGGGAUUCAGACAACAACAAAGUAGUCACCACGCUACUUUUGGUAAACAGCUGAGGGAUAGCCACUCCCAAAUGUAUAAACGCAGCUAUGGAGGCAAGUCCAUCUGUGAGAUUGAAAUGUUUUAAUCAUGUUUUGAAAUGAGUCAAAUCCCAGAUUGCCCCUUUAGCUCAAUAAACUGAGUUUUGUUUGUAAAACACCUUAACUGAUGCAAAAUAACAGUCUGCUACAUACCCUCAGAAUAAACAAACAGUCUGCUACAUACCUUCAGAAUAAACAAACAGUCUGCUGCAUACCUUCAGAAUAAACAAACAGUCUGCUGCAUACCCUCAGAAUAAACAAACAGUCUGCUACAUACCUUCAGAAUAAACAAACAGUCUGCUACAUACCUUCAGAAUAAACAAACAGUCUGCUACAUACCUUCAGAAUAAACAAACAGUCUGCUGCAUACCCUCAGAAUAAACAAACAGUCUGCUGCAUACCCUCAGAAUAAACAAACAGUCUGCUACAUACCUUCAGAAUAAACAAACAGUCUGCUACAUACCUUCAGAAUAAACAAACAGUCUGCUACAUACCUUCAGAAUAAACAACAGUCUGCUACAUACCCUCAGAAUAAACAAACAGUCUGCUACAUACCUUCAGAAUAAACAAACAACAGUCUGCUGCAUACCUUCAGAAUAAACAGUCUGCUACAUACCUUCAGAAUAAACAAACAACAGUCUGCUACAUACCUUCAGAAUAAACAGUCUGCUACAUACCUUCAGAAUAAACAAACAACAGUCUGCUACAUACCUUCAGAAUAAACAGUCUGCUACAUACCUUCAGAAUAAACAACAGUCUGCUGCAUACCUUCAGAAUAAACAACAGUCUGCUACAUACCUUCAGAAUAAACAACAGUCUGCUACAUACCUUCAGAAUAAACAGUCUGCUACAUACCUUCAGAAUAAACAACAGUCUGCUACAUACCUUCAGAAUAAACAACAGUCUGCUACAUACCUUCAGAAUAAACAAACCAAAUUAUCAAAUUUUCCCCAGCAUUUCUGAAUCCACCUUCUAAAUACAAGGUCAAAUGGCAGCCUGUCCACUAUAUAGUGCACUACUGUUGACCGGACUGCUAUUGGCCUUGGUCGAAAGUAGUGCACCUUAAAGUGAACAGGGGUGCCAUUUGGGGAAACUUGCCCGUUAGCCAGCUACCAGUGAGUGGUCCAUUCUUAGCAAAACUGUCUCAUACUAUAUAGCGAGGGUUGAAUAUUUUCCAUUAUUAAUUACCCUUGUUUUUUUUCCAAUGUUCUGUGUUGCAUCAAAAUAAAUAUAUUCGUGUCUGA